CCAUUCGCUAGCUCCACGGCCAUCGUUCGACGGACUCAUUCGCAUUCCGUACGUCAAACGCUCGCUACCACUACACCAAGACGUGGCCCCCGCCGACUGAACGCCCAACGAAAAACCAUUUUUUCUUUCAAUCAGUUUCUUUUUAGACUUCAAAAUUAGCGAAUCAAGCAUGUCACGGAAAACGGCAGUGAGGAGGGCAACCACAAAGAAACGAGCGCAGCGCGCCACGUCAAAUGUGUUUGCCAUGUUUGGGCAAGCACAAAUACAAGAGUUUAAGGAAGCAUUUAAUUUGAUAGAUCAAAAUCGGGACGGAUUUAUCGACAAAGAAGAUUUACAUGAUAUGCUAGCUUCUUUAGGCAAAGAUCCGACUGAUGAUUAUUUGGAAGGUAUGAUGAAUGAUGCGCCUGGCCCAAUUAAUUUCACAAUGUUUUUGACAUUAUUUGGAGAAAGGCUUCAAGGUACAGAUCCUGAAGAUGUAAUAAAAAACGCCUUUGGUUGUUUUGACGAAAACAAUGAAGGCGUAAUCAAUGAAGAACGUCUAAGAGAACUUUUAGUUACUAUGGGAGAUAGGUUCACAGAUGAAGACGUUGAUGAAAUGUAUCGGGAAGCUCCCAUUUCCAAAGGUAUGUUCAACUACAUAGAAUUCACACGUAUUUUGAAGCACGGUGCAAAAGAGAAGGAUGAAGUGUAACUUUAUAAAGUUAAUAUACUACUUUAUUAUAAAAAA